AGAGAGUAAACUCGGACAAUAACGCAACUGAUCGAUAUUUAUACUUCUUUGAAAAGUACUUCGGGGGUCACAGCAUUGUUCCUCUUUGACCGUUUCUCUAAGGUUGUGUUGAAGCCAGAAAAAAAGUUGCCAUUAUGGUGUUAAUGAUACUGCCAUUCAUUGGAUCAGUGUCGGUAUCUGAGAGUUUGGUGGCCAUGACAACGGUGUGUCUGGUCUACCUUAUUCUCAAGUUUUUCCACACUGAGAUUCCUGCGGGGCUUCGUCGGCUCCCGGGGCCAAAGCCCCUGCCUAUCAUUGGGAAUGUGCUGGAGGUGGGCAGCAAACCUUACCUGAGUCUCACUGCUAUGAGCAAGCGAUACGGCCCGGUCUUCCAGAUCCAGAUCGGCAUGCGUCCUGUGGUUGUGCUGAGUGGCAGUGAAACUGUUCGACAGGCUCUCAUCAAGCAAGGGGAGGAGUUUGCAGGCAGACCUGACCUGUACAGCUUCCGCUUCAUCAAUGAUGGCAAGAGUCUGGCCUUCAGUACAGACCAGGCCGGCGUCUGGCGUGCUCGCAGAAAGCUGGCCUACACUGCCCUGCGCUCGUUCUCCACCCUGGAGGGCACCACCCCAGAAUACUCCUGCAUUCUGGAGGAACACGUCUGCAAAGAGGGAGAGUACCUGAUCAAACAGCUCAACAGUGUCAUGAAGGCUGACGGCAGCUUCGACCCAUUUCGCUACAUUGUUGUCUCUGUGGCUAACGUGAUCUGCGGAAUGUGCUUUGGCCGACGCUACGACCACAAUGAUCAGGAGCUGCUCAGCUUGGUGAACCUCAGUAAUGAGUUUGGCCAGGUGGUGGGCAGCGGCAACCCUGCAGACUUCAUCCCUAUUCUUCAAUUCCUGCCCAGCACAACAAUGAAGAAGUUUUUCAGCCUCAAUGCCCGCUUCACCCAGUUUGUGCAAAAGAUCGUCAGCGAGCACUAUAACACCUAUGACAAGGACAACAUCCGUGACAUCACCGACUCCCUCAUUGAUCACUGUGAGGACAGGAAGCUAGAUGAGAACUCCAAUGUCCAGAUGUCAGAUGAGAAGAUUGUAGGAAUUGUCAACGACCUGUUUGGAGCUGGUUUCGACACCAUCUCCACUGCCCUGUCGUGGUCAGUAAUGUACUUGGUGGCUUACCCAGAGAUACAGGAGAGGCUUUAUCAAGAACUGAAGGAUAAAGUGGGACUGGACCGCACUCCUCUUCUCUCUGACAAACCCAACUUGCCUUUCCUCGAAGCCUUCAUCCUGGAGAUCUUUCGCCACUCUUCGUUCCUGCCCUUCACUAUCCCACACUGCACCUCAAAAGACACAUCUCUCAAUGGCUACUUCAUUCCCAAAGACACGUGUGUCUUCAUCAAUCAGUGGCAGAUCAACCAUGAUCCUGAGCUGUGGAAAGAUCCAUCUUCCUUCAACCCAGACCGCUUCCUCAGUGCUGAUGGCACAGAGCUCAACAAGCUAGAAGGGGAGAAGAUGAUGGUUUUUGGCAUGGGAAAACGGCGCUGCAUCGGCGAGGUCAUUGCACGAAAUGAAGUCUACCUCUUCCUGGCAGUCCUUAUCCAGAAGCUGCGCUUCCAUGCGAUGCCUGGAGAGCCGCUGGACAUGACGCCUGAAUACGGUCUCACAAUGAAGCACAAACGCUGCCAUCUGAGGGCCACAAUGCGAGCGAGGAAUGAGCAAUGAAGUUAUUUACCAUGUCCAAUGUAUGACUCAACGGGUGGUAUAAGGUGACUUUAGCACUGCCAGGGUCACAGUCAGAUUAAGAGUCAGUGGAAGAAGCAUCUUUCUCAGAAUGUAAGGCACUGGAUGCUGAAUUUGAUCCACAGAUCUAAUGGCAUUUAAACAAGUGAAAUUUGCUUUUUGCAGAUUGUCAGAGAUGUCUAAGUUUGUGUGAACACAUCUCUGUCAUGUUUUUGGUUCUCUAAGAGAUAUUCCUGCACAUAGCUGAUGCUUCUCAGCGAAGCAUAAAGAGAGACUUGGUUCUCCUGUUGUAUUGUCCAGUAAUCUAAACUUCUCUCAUUCAGAAGUUGUAAAACACACAGAAACUAAGUUGCCUUUUUUCAACUUUGGGACGAACAGUAUGUUUUACUGGAAAGGCAAUAUUAUUUAGGCCAUUGCAACCUAAUUUUUUUCUGUGACACAGAACAGAUAUUAUCUUAUGAUACCAUUUAUACUUCUAAGCUAAUGAUUUUUAUUCCAUUAUAAUGUGGAUGUAAGACACUGAAGAUAUAGUUGUAUCCCAAAAUGUGAUUUUGUGUUUAUAUCAAGUUAUUUUUGUUUUAUAAAGUAAUUUUUAUGUGCCUAGCGUUUGUAUAUAUUUGAGGUGAAAUAGUUUUGCUGUACUUCUAUGUGAUUUAUCAGGACACCAAAAGAGUGCCAGUGAUUUUUGGAAUAUAUUAGUAAGCUAUACAAUUUUGCAUUUCUAUCUCUAAUGUAACAAUGAUUGUAUAAAAUGUAAGGGCAUGUGAUUGGAGCACCCUUUAAUCAGCCAUACAAAAAAAUAAAAU